UCAGUGUAUACUGUGCAGACUAGAAUCUUAAUGCUUUGAGUGGAGCACCAUAUUAACCUCUCCUCAGAGCAAUUCUACUCUGUGACCAAUUUUUGGCUAUAGAUUUUUUCCCCCACCCGAUUGAGAAAGAUGUCCAUUCAAGGUCUAUCCCUGUCUUUUUCUCUGUUGUUUAUCUGCUUCCUUAGGGAGAGCUUCUGCAUUUGUGAUGGAACUACCUGGACAAAGGUUGGAUGGGAGAUUUUUCCAGAAGAAAUGCAUUAUCUGAAACUUAAACCUUCUCCAUCUCACUGUCUACCUUACCCUCUGGACAAGCUAUGCUGCAAUUUUGCUAAUGUGAAUAUACUGCAGACUUCCUUUCACUUCAUUUAUAUUUUAGCACAAGCUCUCUUUUUAAUCCUGUCUGUUUUAUCUGUGCAUUACCUGUGGAUGAAAUGGAAAAAACACCAAAAACAGCUGAAGAAACCACCCCCCUCAGAAACAUUUGGUAAAAAUCUAGAAGAUCAUUGCAUGUAUGACAUUGAUCAAAUACUCUGCCGGCUGGCGGCUGCAACAUCAAUGAUGACCAAGUACCUGAAUCAGGUGACCUGUCAUCCUCCAGCUAAGAGAGUCAAACACCGGAAACUAAAGAAGAAGAAGAAUGAGGGAGGAGGAGCCAGAGGAUACUAGAUCUAUCCAUACGCAAACAUAUCUCAGUCCAGUAUGGAGAUUACACAAGAAAAUCUGUUGAGACAACUCAUUCAAGGAUAAAUAUGGUUCUUUGAGAG